CAGACUUUAUUUUUGUCAUCAAUCUCCAAUAAAAAUUUAAUUUUCGGAGGAUGGAGCUCAGUCUUUUUUGGAAAUGAUGAGGAGCCAUUGUAAAUGCUAAAUGCUCUGACAAGUCUUCCAAACGUCAAAACCCCUCAAAUUCUAUCAGAUAGAAAUUGGCAAGGGUGAUCGGAGAGAUCAUCGGUCGAGAUGGCGGGCGAGGAAGUGAGCAACAAGCAAAUUAUCCUGAAAAACUACGUCUCCGCCGGAAUUCCCAAGGAGUCCGACAUGGAAUUACGGACCACCACCCUGCAGCUAAAGGCUCCCGAAGGAUCCAACGCCGUGCUGGUUAAGAAUCUCUAUCUUUCCUGCGACCCUUACAUGCGCACCCGCAUGAGAAACAUCCAGGGAAGCUAUGUCGAGUCCUUCACUCCUGGAUCUCCCAUUGUGGGAUAUGGAGUGGCAAGAGUGGUGGAUUCUGAUCAUUCCAACUUCAAGAAAGGUGACUUAGUCUGGGGAUUCACUGGAUGGGAGGAGUAUAGCAUUGUCACUGCCACAAGCUCUCUCUUCAAAAUCCAGCACACUGAUGUUCCGCUUUCUUACUACACUGGACUCCUUGGAAUGCCGGGUAUGACAGCUUAUGCAGGGUUUUACGAGGUUUGCUGUCCCAAGAAAGGGGAAACUGUCUUUGUUUCAGCUGCAUCCGGAGCGGUCGGCCAGCUUGUUGGGCAAUUUGCAAAGCUCUGUGGUUGCUAUGUUGUUGGUAGUGCUGGUACCAAAGAAAAGGUGGAAUUAUUGAAGAACAAAUUUGGGUUUGACGAAGCUUUUAACUACAAAGAGGAGCAAGACUUGGAUGCAGCUUUGAAAAGGUUAUUUCCCAAUGGAAUUGAUAUUUACUUUGAGAACGUGGGAGGGAAAAUGCUUGAUGCCGUUCUCCUCAACAUGAACCUUCAUGGGCGAAUCGCCGUGUGUGGAAUGAUAUCGCAAUACAAUCUAGAAGAGCCAGAAGGUGUCAACAACUUAUUCUGCCUCAUAACAAAGCGAAUCCGCAUGGAAGGCUUCCUGGUCUUUGACCACUAUCAUCUCUAUCCAAAGUUUCUGGAGAUGAUCCUGCCGUGCAUUAAGGAAGGGAAGGUUAGGUACGUGGAGGAUGUUGCCGAGGGGCUUGAGAGUGCUCCGGCUGCUCUGGUCGGCCUCUUCACUGGCCGGAAUGUUGGGAAACAGUUGGUUGUUGUUUCUCGCGAAUCGGAGGCGUGAACAUCAUUGGUAAUGUGUGUUUUUCUUGUCUGUCUAUGAACAAACAAAUAAAUACUCCUAUAAGAAUUAAUGCGUAAAUGAAUUGUUCAUUAUAAU